GAAGAGUUUGGGUACAAUUCUUGGGUUUUUAUCAUUUAAAAUAAAUGGGUAGCAUCGUUCAUAGAAACCCAAUACCUAAACCCUAUUUCCCCUAUUUUUUCUUCUACGUUUUGCUCUUUGUUGUUGGCUAUUUCAUAAUCUCUUCACAAAUAUCCCCGAUGGGGGCGAGGAGAGAAAGGGAAUUACAAAAUUACCCUCAGAAGGAAGUCGAAUUUUCUCCCAUUAAUUGUACGGCAUAUUCACGGAGCGAGAAAUGGGAUAGUGGGAUCGGUCCCACCACAAUAGAGGAAGAGGAAGAAGAUGGAGACGGGAAAAAUGAAAACACGUGUCCGGAAUACUUCCGUUGGAUCCACGAGGAUCUAAAGCCGUGGGCUGAGACAGGGAUCACGAGGGAGAUGGUGGAGAGAGGGCGGGAGAAUGCUACCUUCAGGCUGGUGAUCGUCGGCGGUAGGGCUUACGUGGAGAAGUAUUCAGAAGUGUUUCAAAGGAGGGAUGUUUUUACGCUGUGGGGGAUCCUACAAUUGUUACGGUGGUACCCAGAUCAAAUUCCUGAUUUGGACCUCAUGUUUGCUUGUGAAGACCAGCCCACUGUUUUUAUUGGUAAUUAUAGUGGGCCUGGGCCCAAUUCAACGGCCCCACCUCCUUUGUUCCGGUACUGUGGAGACGAUGACACCUUUGACAUCGUUUUUCCUGAUUGGUCCUUCUGGGGAUGGCCAGAGAUUAAUUUAAAGCCAUGGGAAACAGAGAUGAAAGAACUAAAGGAAGCAAACCAAAGGAAAAAAUGGAUAGACAGAGAAAACUAUGCUUUUUGGAAGGGAAAUACUUUUAUUUCUAUGCCCAGAUAUCAACUUUUAAAAUGCAGUCGCUCUACUCAAUCCAAACUUCGUGUCUACAUGCAGGAUUGGCAAGAAGAAGGUAAACAAGGAUUCAAAAACUCAAAUCUUGCUGAUCAAUGUUUUUCUAGGUAUAAAGUUUACAUCGAGGGGAUUGGUUGGUCAGUGAGUCUCAAAUAUAUUCUUGCUUGUGAUUCUAUGACAUUAAUGGUAAAACCUCAUUUCUAUGAUUUCUUCACAAGAAGUCUAGUGCCAAUGCAUCACUAUUGGCCAAUCAAAGAUGAUGAUGAUAUGUGCAAAUCUAUCAAAUUUGCUGUUGAGUGGGGGACUACCCACAAACAAAAGGCACAAGCAAUUGGGAAGGCAGCAAGUAAGUUCAUGGAAGAGCAACUAAACAUGGACAAGGUGUAUGAUUACAUGUUUCAUACUCUAAAUGAAUACUCCAAGCUCUUAACUUUCAAACCAACCAUCCCACCAAAUGCUACUGAAAUUUCUUUGAACGAUUUGGCUUGCCCUACCGAAGGCUUAGCUGCCAAGUCCAUGAUGGAUACCCUCAUAAAACGACCUUCCUUCUCGAGCCCUUGCUUCUUGCUUCCUCCUUUUAGCCCGUUUGCUCUCGACUACAUUCGAACCAGAAAAGAUAUUCCAAUCAAACAAAUUGAUAUGUGGGAGAAAAAUAUGCCCUUUUAGAAGACCAAUUCAAGGCUUGUCAUUCGGUUUCUUUUUCAAAUCUAAAAUCAUAGCUUAAUAACCAUUUUGCUUUCAUAAAUAAUACUACUAUCAAAAGAUGCAGGUAGAUUUUAAUUUGUUUCUACCAAAUUAGUCUUAGAAAAAUGAUAAGUAUAGUUUGUAGAGAAGAUAAUCUUCUUUCAAUUCAAAUGUAACUUUAAAAUCAUUCGUUGAAUAAAAAACUUAAACAAAUGGGUGAAAUAAAUUUAAUAUUAUAUCGUAAAA